UCGGCUGUCGUAGCACCGGGCAGAAGCCCGCGGGUGCCUGGCUCGGGGGCCGCCUGGACCCGGGCAGGGCGGGCCCGGGGCUCCUCCAUGCUACCGGCCCCGGGGCUGCGGAGGUGGCCGGGAGGCUCCCACGAUGGCGGCAGAAGAGGAGGCUGCGGCGGGAGGUAAAGUGUUGCUGGAGGAGAACCAGGGCCUUGCUCCUGUGGUUUCCAGUCACGUGAACCCAGGGGUAAAACCAGCAGUGGUUGGGUCCUUCAGCUCACACAUGAUGGAGUUUCCAAGAAAACGCAAAGGAAGUGAUUCAGACCCAUCCCAGUCAGAAAUCAUGACAGAAAAAAUGAUGGAAAAGCUUUCUCAGAAUCCCUUUACCUAUCUUCUUUCAACAAAGAUAGAAAUAUCAGCACCCAGUGGCAGCAGAAUGGAAGAUGGUGAACAACAAGUAAAAGUGAAGUCCUUCAGAGAAGCUCAUAGCCAAACUGAAAAACGGAGAAGAGAUAAAAUGAAUAACCUGAUUGAAGAACUGUCUGCCAUGAUCCCUCAGUGCAAUCCUGUGGCCCGUAAACUGGACAAACUCACAGUUUUAAGAAUGGCUGUUCAGCACCUGAAGUCUGUAAAAGGCAUGACAAAUUCUUAUUUAGGAGAUCAUUAUAGACCUUCAUUUAUUCAGGAUAAUGAGCUCAGGCACCUAAUCCUUAAGAUUGCAGAAGGCUUCCUGUUUGUGGUUGGAUGUGAAAGAGGAAAAAUUCUCUUCGUUUCUAAAUCAGUCUCCAAAGUACUUAAUUAUGAUCAGGCUAGUUUGACUGGACAAAGCUUAUUUGACUUCUUACAUCCAAAAGAUGUUGCCAAAGUAAAGGAACAACUUUCUUCUUCUGACAUUUCACCAAGACAGAAGUUAAUAGAUGUCAAAACUGGUUUGCCAGUUCACAGUAAUUGUCAUGCUGGAAGGAUGCAUGUGUAUUCUGGCUCCAGACGAUCUUUCUUCUGCCGAAUAAAGAAUUGUAGAAUCUCGGUCAAAGAAGAACAUGGAUGUUUACCCAGCUUAAAGAAGAAAGAUCAUAAAAAAUUCUGUACCAUCCACUGCACUGGUUACUUGAGAAGCUGGCCUCCAAAUAUUAUUGGAAUGGAAGAAGAAAGGGACAACAAGAAAGACAACAGUCAUUUUACCUGCCUUGUUGCUAUUGGAAGAUUGCAUCCAUAUAUUGUCCCACAGAACAGUGGAGAAAUUAAAGUGAAACCAACUGAAUUCAUAACACGGUUUGCAAUGAAUGGAAAAUUUGUCUAUGUAGAUCAAAGGGCAACAGCAAUUUUAGGAUAUCUGCCUCAGGAACUUUUGGGAACGUCUUGUUAUGAAUAUUUUCAUCAAGAUGACCAUAGUAAUUUGACGGACAAGCACAAAGCAGUUCUACAGAGUAAGGAGAAAAUAUUUACGGACUCAUACAAAUUCAGAGUGAAAGAUGGCUCCUUUGUAACUUUAAAAAGUCAGUGGUUUAGUUUCACUAAUCCUUGGACCAGAGAACUAGAAUAUAUUGUGUCUGUCAACACACUAGUUUUGGGGCAUAGUGAGACCAGAGGAACAUCAUUUCACUGCAGCUCUCAAUCUUCAGAAGAAUCCUCUAAACAGUCUUGCAUACGUGUGCCUGGAAUGUCUACUGGAACUGUACUUGGUGCUGGCAGUAUCGGAACAGACAUUGCAAACGAAGUUCUGAAUUUACAAAGGUUACAGUCCUCGUCCCUUGAUGAUUCAAGUCCAACAGAGCCCGUGAGAGAGAAUCACACUAUGACCUGCAGGAACAUGUCAAAUCAAGAGUUGUUUUCACAGAGUCCUUCUGAAACAGAGGACCUAGAGACGACCAGGCAAAACCAGCGCUCUCAGGAACCACUCCUCAGUGACAGUGCACAGCUGGAUUUCGAUGCCCUGUGUGACAAUGAGGACACAGCCAUGGCUGCUUUCAUGAACUACUUAGAAGCAGAGGGGGGCCUAGGAGACCCCGGGGACUUCAGUGACAUCCAGUGGACACUGUAGCAUUUGACUUUUGUCUCGAAAAAUGAGGAACGUUUUCAAGCAUUUCAUUUAGGAAACACUGUCUCUUCUUCAGUACUGUAUGGAUACUGGUUUCGUGUUUUACUGAUGGUCUACCAGUUUUUAUAGAUUUGCACCUUACUGUCAACAGGGAUGUGGGAAGAUCUAUUUUCCUCCAAAGAGAACUAAUCAGUUUAUUAAAGGCCCCUUUAUGCCGUGAAUAGCUUUAAAUGCACUAGCUGCCAUAUUUUUAACUAAAAUAUUUCUGACCAAUACCAUCACAUAUCUAUUGUUUUGACUUUAUUAUUUUUUUAUGUGGUUUUGAGUUUGGAAAAUUUAACAUUGACAUUUUCCUGUGUCAGGAUUUAUUUACUGCAGAUUUGUGAUACAGGUUUGUGUAAUUUGGAACAAUUCCAUUUCUUGAGCAUUUCCUUAACUGAGGACAGGGCAUUCAUUCUAAGAAAACAGUGAGUGCUUGUACACUUUACAGGGACAGUGCAACUUAUAGUAAUAAUCAUGAUGAAUACUAUAAUCAGUCUUUGUAGAAUUUGGUAAGAAAACAGGAUAUUUAUCUCAGUCAAGCACUUUCAGAUGAAUUUUAAGUGAGAUGAAUUCUUAUUUAAAACAGAAAAAGCCAAAAAAGAGUUUCAACUUUGUUUACAGAGAAGAAUGUUAGGUCCUAGAUCUUGUUGAUUAACAAGAUUGACUCUUAAUAUAAGCACUCAAGAUUUUCAUUACAGAUAGAACAGACUUUUACUGUUGAAAACAGUAGGUCCAGGCAGAUUAAAUGUCCUGGGUAAAGUCAUACAUUAAAUUCAGAGAUUUUUUAAAGUGUUUAAUGUGUAUAAACUGGUUUCUUUAUUCACAUUUGCAAAGCAAUGGCCUCACUGGCUAAACCAUUAGUGGAUCCAGGCAAUAGUUGUAGCUUUCUAGAUUGUUAGGUAUUACAGUUAUGCCUGUAAGAAAAGGAAAUGAAGUAAAUGUUAAGUACACUUUUUAAAUCUAGGCAAUGAGAAUGCAUUUUAAAACCAAUUUUCUAGUUACAGUUAAAAUUUUGGAAAGCAUUAAACAGUAAUUAAUCCAGAAGUAGCUCAAAUUGAGUAUAAGAACUGAGAUUAUUUAAAAUUCUAUGUGUCUACCUUCUUGGGGAAUCAUACUUUGUAAAUACCUUGUGUUUUAAGAUCUCUUUACAGUUUACCAAAUGUGUUCCCAUAUCUUUCGUUGUGUAUCUUACAAAUGAAAGAAGGAUAGGCUGGGGAACUAAGAGGGAAGCCCUCUGGCUCCAAUGGAGGGUUCAAAUUCACUUUUCUCCAUAUGGUGCUAUACCUUUCCAGCAAAUUUCCCUCUGAGUCCCUCACCAAAGCAAUGUGUUAUUUUGACCUUCAUGGUAUUCCUAUAGGCUGUAGGUGAUAAAUGAGAACUUUCAUCCAAUGUGUUAAUGAGAGACAUACCAACAGGCAGUAACCAAAAGUAAAUAUUUCUUUCAAGUGUGAAAUUUUCAGUGUCUGUGUAGGUAAGCAUGUACUGGCACACUGUGUUCUUGAGCCAAUAUGGUGUGUUCCAGCAACAUCAGGGAUCAGCACCCUUCUUGGGCUGACAUUUGAGGCCUUGAGAGACAGCCAGGUUUAUAACAAGCUGAAGAAACCCUUCAAGGUGGGGGAGGAUUGAUGUGCCACAGCCCCAGCAGUAGAGCUAAGUUGAAAGAAACAUGAAAGAGCACAUGGCCCCUCUGCCUGCCCACCAACAACAGAGCUUUUUUUUUUUUUUUUUUUUUUUUUAAGGGGACUGCACCAUUGCAGGUUCCCUGGUGGUAGGCUAUGUCAUCACUAUGGGAUGGCCUCAAAAACAGGAGGGGCAAACCCUCAUGAUUUGAGGGGCAGAGCUUCUGGAUGCAGCCAUUGCUGCCCUGCACAGUGGCAGUUUUCUCUUUGCAAAAGGAGGGGUUAUUCCAUAGUUCAGCAGGCAGAUAGCCCUUUGAAUGCUCUGUGCAUUCAAAUUUUUAGCCCACUCUAAUUUUUCUGCAGAUCCUCUUGUCCUGGACCCAGAAUCCAGCCCAUCCAUGCUUUGUAUGAUACUGUGAUUCUCCCACAUUUACUAUUCAAUUAGGUGCUGGUGAGAUGGAGAAAGGACCUAGCACAAGCCAGGCAGCAAGGAGGCACAAGGGUGAGCGCGGGAGUUCUGCCAAGGUGACCUCAGGGAAGCCACUUGACCUCCUGGGACUGACUUUCCAAUCUGUAAGACAGGUGUAGGGAGCUUCCCAGUUGUGCUGCAAAUGAGAACUGACCUUAGAAAACCCAUCCAACCUGGAGUAGGCUUUCUGAACCCGAGUGCUUGUAUGUUCUCGAGUGUAGAUUGGCCUUUUAUACAGUUUUUAGCUCUUUCCAGUUCACUUGCUCUUGUCUCCAAAAUUCAUUCAAUUAGGAGUAAAAUAUUUACAUGGAUUAUGCCUAUUACUGUUUUCUCCUGUAAGUUAACAUCUUGAAUUUUGGCGAGAAAUAAUACAUCUAUAAAUUACAUGCCAGUAUCAAAGGCAGUAAUUUUUUUCUAACCCUGAGAGUUAACCUGUAUCAUAGCAGUGGGAAGAGUCCCUAUUCGGCCAGAUUUUAGCUGUGUAACCUCAAGCAAGCCAUUUAAAACUCUGUACCUCAGUUUCCUCACUUGUUAAAAAAAAAAAA